UUGACUAAACUUCUCGUUUGUCUAUGUUUCGGGAUCAAUGUGCUUGCAGAUAUCCUCGAAACAUCUAGCAAUUCUGCCUUGAUUUCUGCUCUGAAUACACCAGAGAGACUGACUGAAAAACUCUGUGACAAAGACGAUGAGUUGGCCAAGAUUUCUUGCUUGAGCCUUGAAGAUCUCAAAGAACUUUGGAAUGGCAUUUUCCCCCCUUGGCCCGCCUCUACAUACGGUUCCAUGUUAUUCAGAGAAACUUUCACUCUCAUCGGGCUGGAGGAGUUACGCAAAACCCUGAACUUACCACCACCUCGUCUUUGGGCGCCCUACAACUCUACGGAACCGAGUAAGGAAGAACUCGAAUCGGCACCGACUCUCGAGGCUUACUUCAAUCUCAAGGAGCCUGAAAUUUUUAAACGCAGCUAUUAUAGCUUAUUUUUCUAUGAGCACAAUUUCGUUAGGGCCAUGAAUGUUCUGGACAAACAUGCACCCGUGAUUCGAGCCGUUUUCAGGUGUAAAUUCGAGAUGAUUCGAUCGCUUGAUGAGGAACGACUGACAGAAAGACAGAAAAUCGAUCGCAUGAUUGCUGAACUUAGCACGAUUAAAGAUAAAUUGAAUUCUACGAUCGAACUAAUGUUCUAUAUAAAUUGCCGAAAAGACGAAUUGACGAAAAGCGUCAAACCUAAUUCAAAAAAUGUAAUUUUUUGA